AUGGUUGAGCUCACUGGCCUGAUGGUCGCCGCGCUGCUCGCUACCGGCGCUUUCGGGGCCCCGUUCUCGCGACGAGAUGCACCCGCGGAGCCUAUGGCACCCACGUUCGAUGAAUGUCAAUCCCAGUCGGGCAUCACCGUAUGGAGUCAUGGCAUGUGCAUUCUCGGCUGGCUCAUUCGUUCGCACACACAGUUCGGCUGGGUGUGUGUGAUGCUCGCCGGUGCCGCAUUACUUACCGAGGCGUUCGCGUGCCUCGCAGCAAGAUACGAGCAGAAACUCAGGGAGAAGCGCGAGGCGCAGCCGAGCCUUGGCCGCCGUCCCAGCGUCGGCGAAGUGUUCCUCCGCGUCUUCUACAACUUCUUCAAAUACGUCUUCGCGGGGUUUCUUGUCAUCUGUGGUGCCUGGGGAAACGCUUUUUGGAUCCUAUCGGCAGCUGCUGGAUUUCUUUUGGGCCAGACAAUCCUUGCUUUCGUUACGCCAAUCGAGGGCGGCCGGGAUAUCAAGAAGGCUCCCAAAAAGAAGAAGUCACAGGCUACAUACCUUCAGGCGCUGCCGCCGCGGCCUCGACCACAGCCAGUUCCGGAUUACAAGCGCAGAGUCCGGUCGGAUCCUCAGCGGCCGCCGCCAGCACCGAGACGUGGAUACAUGCCGCAAUCUGAGCCGGCACGCAUGCCUGGCUCGUGGUAA